GCUAGGGGAGACAUUCCUACAACCGUAGCAUCUACAGGAAUAGUUGCAACACUGUUACCGGGUGGACGUACUGCACAUUCCAUUUUUAAAAUACCGCUGAAGCUGAGUACUACUUCCACAUGCAAUAUCAAACCUAUCUUGCCACACGCUCAACAUCUUCUGCAAUCCAAAUUGAUAAUAUGGGACGAGGCGCCAAUGACACAUGCAUACCCAUUCCAGGCAGUUGACAGGUUAUUACAUGACCUCACGGGUGACAUGCAGCCAUUUGGAGGGAAAACAAUACUAUUGGGUGGAUAUUUCCGACAAAUACUCCCCGUCAUUAUGCGUGGGUCCCGAGCUCUUACUGUCGCCAGUUGCAUUAAUAAGCAACUUUUGUGGCGUCACAUGCAUGUACUUACACUGACUACAAAUAUGAGAGCUCUUCCUCACGAACAAGAUUUCGCAAAAUGGCUCCUCAAUGUUGGAGACGGGAAAAACGGAACACCUGUAACAUUACCUUCAUAUUGUUUUCCUUUUAUUUCUGAUCCCGUUCAACAACUAUAUGGCGACAUCGACUUCUCAACUGUGACUCUGGAACAACUCAGUACGCGAGCUAUAUUAAGCGUCACCAACGAAGACUCGCUACACCUUAAUGAACAAGUACUGAAACUUAUCCCUACCGAUGAAGUAACUUUCACCAGCGUUGACUCCAUCAUCACAGACGAUCCUGCAGAUCAACUUUCAUUCCCCGAAGAAUUUCUUAACAGUCUUACUCCCACUGGCAUGCCUCUGCAUAAACUCAAAAUUAAAAUAGGUUCAGUCAUCAUGCUUCUCAGAAACCUCAUGCCAGCAAGAAGUCUCUGUAAUGACACUAGACUGACUGUUACCAGCAUUCACCACAAUGUACUGGAGUGUAAAACUACCUCACAAACUGUCCUUAUUCCCCGGAUUUCCCUGACUCCAUCAGAUUCAAAUUUGCCUUUUACUUUUACACGCAGCCAAUAUCCUGUUAGAUUAGCCUUUGCAAUGACAAUUAAUAAGGCACAGGGCCAAACUUUCAAAAAGAUAUGCCUGUAUCUGCCAAAACCAGUUUUCAGUCACGGACAAUUGUAUGUUGCUCUCUCCAGAGUUCCAUCUUUUCAUUCACUCACAGUCAUAUCCUCAAACCCACCCCCAUUUAGACAACUGUGCCUUUCAGGAAGUGUUCACCCAUCAAUAAAUAAUUAUGUGGCAUAUACUAUGCCGCGGGUCGGCUAG